UUUUAGAAGCUAUAUCUCUCACUAAAUUGUUCUUUAUUUCCAGUAUGGAUUUGGUACCCAAGGUGACACUUUUCCUUGCUUCGGUUCUUUUUGCUUUAUCCUCUGUUGUGAGUAAUAGACACUGGCAUUUUCCCGGCCAGCCACUGGGAGGUGAGCAUCUUGUAACUAAUUUGCCAGGCCAGCCGGAUGUGAACUUCAAGCACUAUGCUGGCUAUGUUACCGUCAAUGAACAGAAUGGACGGGCAUUGUUUUACUGGUUCUAUGAGGCCACAACUCAUCCUGAUGAAAAACCUCUAGUCCUGUGGCUUAAUGGAGGUCCUGGGUGCUCUUCUGUAGGACAAGGAGCAACACAAGAGAUUGGCCCUUUCAUUGUAGACACCAAUGGACAUGGACUUAAAUAUAAUCCUUACUCUUGGAAUACAGAGGCCAAUAUGUUAUUCCUGGAAUCUCCAGUUGGAGUUGGGUUUUCAUAUUCGAAUGCAACUAAUAAUGAUGAUCAUAUCAUAGGGGAUGAAUUUACGGCAAAUGAUUCCUAUGCUUUCCUGCAAAAGUGGUUUCUCAUGUUUCCAUCAUAUAGAAAGCGGGCAUUUUAUAUUGCAGGAGAGAGCUAUGCAGGAAGGUAUGUCCCGGAGCUUGCUGAGCUUAUAAUUGACAAGAAUAAUGAUCCUUCCUUUUACAUCGACCUCAAGGCUAUUCUAUUAGGAAAUCCUGAAACAAGUGAUGCUGAAGACUGGAGAGGUAUGGUGGACUAUGCUUGGAGUCAUGCUGUCAUAUCAGAUGAAACUCAUAAGAAAAUCAGAGAAAGCUGCAACUUUGACAGCAAUGACACAUGGAGCAAUGAUGAUUGUAUCGAGUCUGUUGAUGAAUUAAUCAAACAGUACAAGGAGAUAGAUAUUUUCAGCCUCUACACCUCAGUUUGUAUCGGUGAUUCAGCAAGUUCAGACGACAGAUUUACACAAAUCAUGUUUAGGCCCUCAUCUAAGAAGAUGCCAAGAAUUAUGGGUGGUUAUGAUCCAUGCCGGGAUGAAUAUGCAAAAGCUUUCUACAACAGACCAGAUGUUCAAAAGGCCCUCCAUGUGAGUGAUGGUCACGUGCUCAGGAACUGGAGCAUCUGCAACAAGAAGAUAUUUGAGGAAUGGCCGGACUCGAAGACAUCAGUUCUUCCUAUAUACAAGAAGCUGAUAGCAAGAGGACUUAAAAUAUGGGUCUACAGUGGUGACACAGAUGGAGGAGUUUCUGUGCUGUCUACAAGAUACAGCUUAAGCUCUCUGGGACUGCAAAUCACUAAGGCAUGGAGGCCCUGGUACCACCAGAAGCAGGUCAGUGGUUGGUUCCAAGAAUACGAGGGGCUAACAUUUGCAACAUUUAGAGGAGCUGGACAUGCUGUGCCAAUCUUCAAACCAAGCAACUCCCUCGCAUUCUUCUCAGCCUUUCUUCUAGGAGAAUCUCUUCCUUGUGAACGAUAAAUAAGUGGUGUAAAAGAUCAAGACAUCUUGUUCCUCGAAGAUUUGCUCUUAGUAUAUUAGGAUGUCAUUAAAUAUAUAUCUUACAUCUAAUAGAAGGCUCAAUUAGGGGGCAAGCUUUUAAAGAGACCAUAA